AAGAAUGGAAAAAGUAUUUUUUAAGCAUAUGAAUUAAAAAUAAAUUUGAUUGAGAAAAAUUGUAGCAAAUUUCCCUUGAAUUUUCACAUGAAUUUUCUAAACAUUCAUCGUGAAAACCUCCCCAAAUAAAAUUCCCCAUUGAAACCCUACUACUGUCCGCCAUUGUCACCGGUUGCCAAUCGAAGCUCCUGCUCUUCUUCGACGAUAAACCAAUUCACCAGCCACUGUCCAAAAAAACUACAAAACCCUAAAAUCUCAAUCUCAGACCAGAAAAAUCCAACCGGCUUCAUUGUAUUGAUCCUUAAGCUAUGGCUUCAAAGAUUCUCGCAAACUUGAUUGUGAUGGGCGGGGGAAUCUUGGCAAGAGCGGUUGUUCAGGCAUAUCGUCAAGCGCUUACCAAUGCCUCAAAAAACGGUGUUGCACAAGAAACAAUUCAAAAUACUAUUCGCAAAGCUAGCACAAAGAUAACAGAGCAAGAGGCUCGGCAGAUUCUUGGUGUUUCCGAGGAAACUCCCUGGGAGGAUAUUAUCAAGAAAUAUGAAAGAAUGUUUGAGAAUAACGCCAAGAAUGGGAGUUUUUACCUGCAGUCAAAAGUUUACCGGGCGAAGGAAUGUCUGGAAUCUAUCAAACAAAGCAACACAGGUGAUGGAAACCCUACUUGAGGACUCAGUUUUACUCCAUCAAUUUUGCUCCAUCUUAGAAGUCUGUGGUCAUUUUGGCCACCAUGUUGUGUACGAUUCGCGCAAUCAAAACUAAAUUUGUUUUAUUAGAAAAAUUGUUUGUAAAUGAUUAGUUGGGAAUUCAUUACAAAUUAUGAUUAGUUAGGCUAUUAGAAGAAAAAAAAGUUUACAUAAAUCUGCCCUAAUUAUAUUUUCGUCAAGGAAUGGAUAUAACCUGAAUUCAGCCAUUAACUUUAAUGCGAUAUGUUAUUUACAUCAAAUUUCAACGCCAUAUACAAUUACAUCA